CGAUGAGCCCGUCUCGUCUCGCGACGCCUACCGGCGAGCUUCACCUCCCUACGGUAUGUCAUUGGCCCCAGAGUCGUCCCAUGAGCGGUCCUCAUGUUGACAAAAUGAGCCUUCAGACCGGUAUGGUGGAGGCCGCAGAGCGUCGACCAUUGAUGACGACGACGCAGAUUACCGAGCUUGGGUCAUGCGACAGCGGGCUCGUGAAAGGGAAGAGUACGAUCAGCGGUAUGGCACGGCUGCUGCGUCAUCGUCGUCUUCACAGUACUUUGGAGGAGGCAAGCGGACGUGGGACGAACUUGAUCGCGAAGAAAAGGAGAGGGAAUGGGCUCUGUACGAGAGGGACCGCGCAAGGGACGACGACCGCUAUGCGAGAGACAGGUACGAAGAGACGAGGUAUCUUCCGAGAUCAAGAUUCGACGAGCGGCCUUUUUCUGCCCGACCAGAAGCAGACAUCCCUUUGGAUUCCGGAAGGGAAGAUCGAUGGCAACCAGACCGGGCAGGCCCCGACACUGACCGACUCAAAGACGUGAUGGAUUACCCUACGAUGAUGCCGUUCCGACGCUGGGCACAAGUGGUCCGCAUGCUUCGCUCUGAGCCCAGCGCCCUGCAAACGGGCCCCGAGGCCACGCAAGAGCUCUACCAAAAGUACCAAGAGUACCGGCAGGCCUUUUCGAGAAAACAAAUGAUCGAUUUCUUCAACGCAAACAAGCACGAGAGCUGGUUCGUCGAAAAGUACGGCAUCGGCGAAAAGGAGUUGAAGGCGAGGCUUGCUCGAAGGAAGCGGGGGAGGCAGGGAAACAAGGCAACGUGGCUCUCUGAGCUGAGGAAUGGCGAGCUCGACAAGGUUUGCUGGGAGGCUAAACAAAGAGACGGCGACCUUCCCUCGGAAUCGCCUUCCAAGCUGGUCGCAUAUGAUCGAAAGGGAGAGGCCGAGGAGUUCGACGCGAAUGAAGCCGUCACGAUCCCUGCCGAUCCGAGCCAGAUCAUUGUCAAGCAGGUGCCACCUGAAUUCGAUCGGAUUGAGCUAGAGCAGGCUCUCAAGGAAGAGCCUGGCUUCUUAUACCUGGCCAUGGGUGAACCACACCAGGGACGGCGGUAUUCGCGCAUUGGCUGGGCCGUCUUUGAGGAGGGCACGGCCAUGGAGGAGCUCGUUGAGAGGCUCAACCAGCGCUCCAUCGGCGGCCACAAGCUUGCAUUCGAGCUCACGAUUCGUCCGGCUCAGGGCAAAUUGCGAAUUGCGCCCGAGCACGCUUGCUCGCUUCGACGUAUGGCACAGGAUCUCGAGCAUGCCCGUGCACUCGUGUCUCUGCUGGAGAAGGAAGACCGCGAGGUGUUGUGGAAAGAUGAAAGGGAGGAGUCGGCUGGCUGGCUCGACGUCGACGUCAGUACCGAGAUUGAGAGACGCUGCGAUAAUGUGGGGCUUGGCCUGGGACCCGAUCCCACUGCAAUCAUCCAUGAGCUGGCCGGUGGUGGUGCUGGGGCAGGGGUAGAGGGAAAUGGCGAAAUACUGGACAAGGAACAUCGCAGAAAACAGCUUCAAAAGCAUCUCGACUUGCACAUCGACCUUCUCCGGCAGGUAUAUCACUGCGACUACUACGGAUCGACGCUGUGCGACUUUGCAGAGGAGCUUGCACGUCGCUCACCAAAGUAUCUGAGACGUACCCCAGCAGGUGAACAAGAACCGCCAGAGGAAGUCCCAGGUGGAGAGAAGAUCUGGGCAGCGAACCUUGAUGCAAAACAGGCGUUGCUGUUGCGACCUUCCGAUGAAGAGAUGGAUCAACAUAGCGGCAAGUCCGUCGAAAAGGAACUCUUGGCCAUGGCCGCUCGUUUCUCGCAGCAAGAUGAAGCGGAGAAGCAUCGCUGCAUUCUCAAAAUAGGCGAUGGUGAAGGAGCUGAAAAGAAGGAGUGUGGGAAGCCGUUCAAGGCGACAAUCUUUGUUCAAAAGCACGUCCUCAACAAGCAUAGGGCUCUUUUCGAGGAGGCUGUAGGUGCAAAGACGCUGGUGCAAGACAUCAAGUACCUCAACAACUACAUCAGAGAUCCGGCGAGAGUCAUGCCGCUCCAGCAGCAGCAGCUGCCGCAACCGGAUGGAGCUUUACAAAACGGAGGAACAAAUGGCACAACUCUUCAGAACGGAUCGACCCGACUUGGACCUGGAGCCGGCGGCGCUUCUGUGCCGGGCUUGAUUCGGAUGGGGAAUAUCAGUGCAGCCACACCUGAAGAUGCCCACUACAGCGGUGUUCACGCUCGUCGCCCUGCGCCAUCCUCCGGUGCAGGCCCAAGACAUUGGAGCUCGUACGCUGGUCGAGACUCUCCCACGCCCCAAUGGGAUCUCGGGACGGGACGACAGAGAAGCGCUAGCCCGCCUAUGCGCAUGCCACCCACUUCCGCCCCCGGCUCGCUCCGCGACCGACUCGACAUGGGUCCUGGUGGCGGCCGCAACGGCUCUGCGGCAUUUGGCUUGGCCCUCGGCCCGCCGGAUGGUGGACCGCCGAAAUCGCUCGAUCCACGGGCGAGACAGGCGCCCAGGAGCUAUCAGGACCUCGACGAUGGCAGCAACGCCGCCGAAGAGAUUGAGCUCGAAUAUUGAGCAACACUUUCCCUCUCUCUCUUUCUCUGUCGAAGAGGUGUGCACUUCACUUUAUGACUUCGCAUCCCGGGCUUCGUGCCAGACAUGCCUCUGGCACCAUGUCUCAUAGGAAGCAAGGACAUCCUACAGUCAUCGUUACUCACAAACAUUGUACGAUCAAACAAGAAAGUAAAAGGGAGCGUGCGCAUGGG